GGGGCCGGCCGGAGCGGGGCGCGCGCAGCAUGGCGGAAGCGGAAGGGAGUUCGCAGCUCCUGUUGCCGCCGCCGCCACCCCCGCCCGGGAUGGCGGAAGUGGAGGCGCCGACGGCGGCCGAGACGGACAAGAAGCCUUUCAGCGGCUCGGGCGGCAGCACCAUGGACGUGGACCGGAGCCGUUUUCCCUACUGCGUGGUGUGGACGCCCAUCCCGGUGCUCACGUGGUUUUUCCCCAUCAUCGGCCACAUGGGCAUCUGCACAUCCACGGGAGUCAUUCGGGACUUUGCUGGCCCCUACUUUGUCUCGGAAGACAACAUGGCCUUCGGGAAGCCUGCCAAGUACUGGAAGCUGGACCCUGCUCAGGUGUACGCUAGCGGGCCCAAUGCGUGGGACACAGCUGUGCACGACGCCUCCGAGGAGUACAAGCACCGCAUGCACAGUCUCUGCUGUGACAACUGCCACUCACAUGUGGCGUUGGCCUUGAACCUGAUGCGCUAUAACAACAGCACCAACUGGAACAUGGUGACACUCUGCUUCUUCUGCCUGCUGUACGGGAAGUACGUCAGCGUGGGGGCCUUCGUGAAGACCUGGCUGCCAUUCGUCCUCCUCCUGGGCAUCAUCCUAACUGUCAGCCUCGUCUUCAACCUUCGGUGAUGGCUGCCUCCUGGCCCUGAGCCCACCAGGUUCCUGAGAAGGCAGUCGCCACCCCUUUUGGUUCCAGAUUUUUUAUUCUCACCCCAGAAGGCAGGGAUGGGUUUGCCGGUUUUGACCCAGUGGUCUGGGCCAGAUGGACUGAACAAUGGCUGAAGAUGAACAUGGGGCGGGGGGUGUUUGCUUGUUGUGUCUCACUGGUCACUGAGAAGCUCCCUGUCCCCUCCUUCCCAGACUUGUGACCCCCGCCCUUGAGGUACCCUCUUUGGUCACCUGUUGGAAAGGCCUUAGCUUGCCUCUGUAGAGCUGCUCCUGCCACUGCCCACUGGGCUCCCUCUGCCUCAGCCCAGUGCCCGGUGGGGAAGGGGAGCACAUUUGGACCAUCGGACAAGGCCGCACAGGGGCCAGAGCUGGAUUUGGAGCGCAGCCGCCUGCCAGGGCUCUGGUCCCAGGGUGGGUGGAGUACACUGAGAAGUUUCCAUAAGCUAAGCUGCCCUGGGACCUUCACCACUAGUCUCUAGAAUGGUCUAAUAGGACUGGGUGGGCCCCCAGUCGGAUGUCUACCAGAAGCUGCACGAGGGGCAGUUCGUGCGCCAUCUCCUGGAGUCCUCCAGCCCCUGCAGACCCUGCUUCCUCUUCUCCCUG